UAUUUCCAGAUUUGGUUGCGUCCAGGUUUCCAGCAGAACCAAGAUGGCGGGGGAAGCAGCGACGCGCUGAAGUUGACUUGUAUGAAACAAACACUGGGACUGAGGUGACGGGGGUGAGACGGAGGUGAGACGGGGGUGACGGGGGUGACUCACUUCUCUUCCGCUAACGCCGGUGAGAGCGUGAAACCACGCACACAUCCCUCACGUAGUGAACGCGGUGGUGUUUGAGUCGCGGUGCUAGCCUCCGCACCUAGCUGUAGCCUCAUCCCAGUGGGCAGGGGACUGACGUCUGUACGGGGGGACAUCAUCAUCAUCAUCAUCAUCUUCAUCAUCAUCAUCACACGGAUGUGCUCGCGGCACCGCGCCGCUCGAAGAAGACAAGAGGCCGCAGGUGUGCUCACGGACACAGGUGUCUUUCUGGGAUGUCCAGAGUAGGUGGCCAGGGGGGUUCAACCCCAACGCAGACCUCCCCACUGCUGAGACGCUACCCAAGCUACAAACUACUCUACAUGGGGGCAUGUCCACAUCCAGAGUCCCUGGCACAGCUGCUUGAAAGAGAGGACUGACCCAGCCACAGACGGCUGAGGCUGAAAGUUGGACCAGAUCAUUUUGACCUUACUGGUCCUCAGACAUAAAUUUGCUUUUAUUGAACUAACUUACCUUUCUCGCUGCUCCUGAAUCUCCUCAUCCAUUACAUUCCAUAUUUUCUUUGCUUCUUCUGUUUCGUCACCUGAGAGUUUUUUGCUCCAACAGAGCUGGAAGUGUAGAGCGGGUAAUGGAGCUAAUGGCCAUGGUGACCUAGAGUAAAUGGCUCUUCCUCAGCACAGCUUAGUGCCAGUGUCUACAGCUCAGUUACCCUCCUACACUCCCCCCUCUUCACUCGCUCACCUUUACCACACCACACUGCCUGUUUCCCACUGCUGCUGCUUGCUGUUUAGUUCCACCUCCCCUCUCCAACACCAUGGUCGGUGCAGGCUUGGGUGUGUGGAAACUAAUGCGAGGUGUCCGCCAGCUGGAGCUUCACCGCCUCAUCCUGGCACUAAUCAUCUUCUGCUUACUGUCCAUGGCCUUCCUAGCAUACUAUGUCUCCAACAGCCCCAAAAUCAAGGAGGCUCCCCCUUUGCCCUUUAGUGACUGUGGUGGAGGAGGGGGGAUGCUGCCAGGAGCUAGUACCGGGGCCACUGGGGGAGGGGCAGGUGUUCAGAGGGCACCACUUUUCCUUCCAUUGCACCAAGGCCGACUACGACAGGCGAAGGCGGUGGACAACUCCAGGACAGAGCCUGUGGUACUGGUGUUUGUGGAGAGCAUCUACUCCCAGCUGGGCCAGGAGAUUGUAGCCAUAUUAGAGUCCAGCCGCUUCCACUACCGGACACAGAUCGCUCCCGGUAAAGGCGACUUGCCCACGCUGACGGAGCAUAACCGUGGACGCUACACACUAAUCAUCUAUGAAAACCUUUUAAAAUAUGUCAAUCUGGACGCGUGGAACCGUGACUUGCUGGAUAAAUACUGUUCAGAAUAUGGAGUUGGUGUCAUUGGCUUCUUCAAAGCGAAUGAAAACUCCCUCCUCAGUGCACAGCUCAAAGGGUUUCCCCUAUUUCUACACUCACACCUCGGACUCAGGGACUACCGCAUCAACCCCAGUGCUCCUCUACUCUACAUCACCAAACCCAACCAGGUGGAGCAGGGCCCGUUACCAGGAGACGACUGGACCAUUUUUCAGUCCAACCACUCUACUUAUGAACCAGUGCUCCUGGCCAGCACCAAGUCCUCUGAGGCACUGGCACACUUUGGACCCACUCACCUGCGGGCCCUCCAUGCCACAGUGGUCCAGGACUUGGGACUCUACGAUGGAAUUCAAAGAGUUCUCUUUGGAAACAAUCUAAAUUACUGGCUUCACAAGCUGGUGUUCGUAGACGCCAUCGCAUAUCUGACAGGGAAGAGACUGUGUUUGUCCUUGGACCGCCACAUCCUGGUGGACGUGGAUGACAUAUUUGUUGGUAAGGAGGGAACCCGCAUGAAGGUGCCAGACGUGGAGGCGUUACUCAACACUCAACACAAACUGAGAGCACUGGUCCCUGACUUCACUUUCAACUUGGGAUUUUCUGGGAAGUUUUAUCACACAGGUACUGAUGAGGAAGAUCGAGGGGACGACAUGCUGCUACAGCACAGGAUGGACUUCUGGUGGUUCCCUCACAUGUGGAGCCACAUGCAGCCUCACCUCUUUCACAAUGUCAGUGUGUUGGCUGAGCAGAUGAGGCUCAACAAGGUCUUUGCUCAGGAGCAUGGUAUCCCCACAGAUAUGGGCUAUGCAGUGGCUCCACACCAUUCUGGUGUUUACCCGGUUCACAGCCAGCUCUACGAGGCCUGGAAAUCCGUGUGGGGCAUUAAGGUGACCAGCACAGAGGAAUACCCCCAUCUGAGGCCAGCCAGAUACCGCCGGGGCUUCAUCCAUAAUGACAUCAAGGUGCUGCCCAGGCAGACAUGUGGUCUGUUCACUCAUACUAUUUUCUAUCAUGAAUAUCCUGGAGGCUCAAAGGAGCUGGACAAGAGCAUCAGAGGAGGAGAACUGUUCCUCACUGUCCUCCUCAACCCUAUCAGUAUCUUCAUGACUCACCUGUCUAAUUAUGGCAACGACAGACUGGGUCUCUACACAUUUGAGUCUUUGGUGAAGUUUGUCCAGUGUUGGACGAACCUCCGGCUGCAGACGCUGCCCCCGGUCCAGCUUUCUGAAAAAUACUUCCAGAUCUUUCCUGAGGAGAGAGACCCACUCUGGCAGAACCCCUGUCAUGAUAAGAGACACAAAGAUAUCUGGUCUAAAGAAAAGACCUGUGACAGGCUUCCCAAGUUCCUCGUCAUUGGACCACAAAAAACAGGCACUACAGCACUUCAUUCAUUCCUGAGCCUCCACCCAGCAAUCACCAGCUCCUUCCCCAGCCCCAUCACAUUCGAGGAGAUCCAGUUCUUCAGUGGAGCAAAUUAUGACAACGGCAUUGACUGGUACAUGGACUUCUUCCCGUUCCCCUCCAACGUCAGCACAGAUUUCAUGUUUGAGAAAAGUGCCAACUACUUUGACACGGAGGCGGCUCCUAAAAGAGCUGCUGCCCUGUUACCCAGAGCCAAAGUCCUGGCCGUGCUCAUCAACCCGUCAGACAGAGCUUACUCCUGGUACCAGCACCAGAGGGCGCACCAGGACCCUGCAGCGCUCAACAACACGUUUCAUGUGGUGGUGACAGCAGGACUCGCAGCAUCCAAGGACCUGCUGCUCCUUCAGAGACGCUGCCUUAACCCUGGAGCCUAUGCUGCUCACCUGGAGCGCUGGCUGCAACACUACCAGCCCAAUCAGUUGCACAUCGUGGACGGCGCUCUGCUGCGGACAAACCCAGCGCUGAUGAUGGAUGGAAUCCAGAGGUUUCUUGGUGUCACUCCCGUCUUCAACUACACGCAGGCUCUAAUGUACGACGACAGCAAAGGUUUCUGGUGUCAGCGAGUGGAAGCGGGUCGAGCCAAGUGUCUGGGGAAGAGCAAAGGAAGGAAGUAUCCGGAAAUGAGUCCUGAGUCCCGUGCCGUCCUCACUGACCACUAUCGUGAGCAGAACUUGGAGCUGCUUCACCUGCUGAAUCGUCUGGGUCAGCCUCUGCCAUCCUGGCUCCGCCAAGAACUCCAGAGCAGCAGCUGGAGCUGAGGUCACAAACCCAGACACACACACACACACACACACACACACACACACAGAUGGAUGGAUGGAUGGACACACACAUGCGCACAGACCCCAGGAACUGGAGUCUGUAGAUGAGCCACAUGCAGGUUUUGGAUUAGGACUGGACUGGACUACCUAAUCUGGAAUCUACAGCAGCACAUGGUGACUGACAGCUGCAGGGUUUAAGCUGGUGCUCUGUGAGCACCGGCACAUGUGUUGGUGCCAGUUGGAGAAGGAUGGCAGUGGACUCUCCUCCUCCUCCUCCUCCUCCUCCUCCUCCUCCUCCUGCGUGUGCUGGGCGGCGCUCACCGUGGAGGGUGAAGGACAGAUGAGACUAAGACACGUCUCGUGUCUGUUAUUGUAAAGCCGUCUGUGUUUUCAAAGCAAAUGUAUAUGUUGUGUUAAACACACACACACACACACACACACACACACGGUGUCAGUGUAAUAGGCCUGUGAUGACAUCACUGCGACAGUUUUUAUCUUCACACGCGUGACGACCACGUGCAUGUGCAUGCUGCUAAACUCAGGUCAGUCUUUCAUCACUGACCAGAAAACCUUAGACUGGCGGCUUCUUGAUAUCAUGUCCGUUCAUUUCAUAAUAUUUGAUUAUUGUCCAAACAUGAACUGAUGUGAACGUUAUUAAGUUUCUUCAUUUUCAUGAAUGAAAAAACCUCAGUAACAAAACAAACACGUCAUGUGAUCAAACCAAAGCAGGAAGUCAUGGUCCCCUGUUUCUAUGAUCAGCACCAGUGCUGGUUCUGAAUGAACUGGAUCAGAUCUGAGUCAAAGCUGAGCUCUCGGGUCAGUCUUUAUUCUCUGGUGUCUUUGAAAUCUAAAAUCAUAGAACCAUAAACAACCAAUCACAAAGCGUGAGUUUCCAAGGUCGCCCUCUCUGCCGUCUCUGGACUUUCAGACUAAAAUGGAGCUGCUGGGGUUGAGCGUCUCACAGAAGCUGCAUCUGCCUUUCAUCUGCCUUUCAUCUCUUUCAUCUCUUUCAUCUCCUUUCAUCUCCUUUCAUCUACUUUCAUCUCCUUUAAUCUGACUGACCUAUGUUUUAAAGGAGUGUUUUUAAAGAAACAUAGAAACAUGGAGGUUUUAUUGAAACACAGUGUUACUCGUCACAUACAUACAAUGUCACAUUCAUACAAUCAUGUAUUCAUGCUCUCUGGUAAUGAGGAACAUGUGAAUGAAUGAUGCUUUCAUCAUCGAUUCAUCUGUUGAUUAUUACAUUCACUGUCUUUAAAUUGACACCAAAAGGGAAGCAAAAAGGAAUCAAUUCUUUCCAGACAUUCAAAGCUGCAGCAGCCGAGAUCAUUCAUUCAUUCAUUCAUUCAUUCAUUCAUUCAUCCAUCAGUUUGAGCUGCAGGUUCUUCCAGGUCUUGAGUUUCUCUGCUGAUGUUCACACACAGUUUAUUGUUUUUAUUCUUUCUUUUUAUUUAGGGCUGAAAAACUUGAUUCUUAAUCAGUUCAUUAAAACAAAGUUUAAAAAUGUGAAACAUGAAUAUUUUCUGAUUUCUUUGCUCCAUAAAACAAAGAAAUCAUUGAAACUCUGAUCAAUAUUUUUACACAUUUUCUGACGUUUUAUGGACUAAACGAUUCAAAGAGAAAAUAAUCGACAGAUUAAUCGAUUAGGAAAAUAAUCCUUAGUUUUAUUUAACCUUUAUUUUCCAGAGUCACACAGAGCGUUUGUCUUUGCUGUGAUGUUAAUCCUCAGAUCAGGUUAUUAUGGAAUUAUUGAUCAAUAAUCCCAAAGGUUAAAGAAAGGGCUGAUGAUUCAUAAAAUGAUCAUUAUGUGUCGUCAUGUUCACUGUUUCACUGACAACAUUUUAAAGUUCCAUUUACAGCCUGGAAGUUGUGUUUAUUUUGUGAGAAAGCUCCUCGUAGAUGGACCUGGAGACUCCUCAAUAUUUUUAAUUUGGAUUAUAGUGCCUGUUUUUUUUUUUUGUUGUUUUUUUUAAGUCUCGUUGCAUAUUUUACAUAUUGUCCCUUAAAUAACUCAACAAUUGUCUGCUGCAAAAGUAUAAAUGAAAUGGUUGUAGGAGUAAAACCUUAAAAAAUAACAAGAAAUCCAAGCUAAAUAAAUGACAGAGUUCCACUUUCUACUAAAAUUAUUAUCUAUCAAACUAUUUUAGUUUUCAUGUUUUCAUUUUCAUGUUACAGAAAACAUGAACAAACAAAACUCACUGUGACUCAAGUCUGGAAACUGUUGCUCAUCAUUGAACUGAACUUCAUUUUAAUCAAUUGUAUUUUUCAAUCCCAAGACGAGGAAACCUGGAUUAAUAUCCACAUUUCAGUGACAAAACUGACACAAAACUCAUCAUAACUAGCACAUGUCCAAGUAAGACUGACGUUAACCUGCGGGAACAGUGAAGAGCUUCUGUUUGUUCUAAAUUAUAACAGUAAUGAAUCAUGUGAUGAUCAGACACAAAACUGUGUGUGUGUGUGUGUGUGAGAACAUGAACAAGUCACAACCCACUGAUGUCGCCUGACGCUGCUGUCAUGUUGUUUUUCUGUUUGUUUUGUAUAAAUGUCAAAAGGCCAACACGUGUCGUCUCUAAUAAACAUGUAGAGGGCUUGGAAA